AUGUCUUCAUCUGCUUUCCAUAUCAAAAGCCUUCUAAUCCUCCUCAUCUUCAUAAGCUCCGCCAUGUCUCUCACCCGCUAUUCCAAGCCUGUGCCCCAAGGGGCAGUGGUGGCUGAGACCCGCGAGCAGCUCAACCAGAUCACUUUUGAGAACCAAUACACCGUUCUGUACGAAGAAGACGGCGGCUACAUGCUGAAGCAGACCGAAGAUGGAGCCGUCGUGGCUGUGGCUGGUGACGCUCUCUGCGCGGAACUUGAUAAGGUCUUCACCAAUCUCGACGCCACAGAGGAAGCUGAGAAGCUUCAGACAGAGCAGGGCGGUGGAAUGUCCAAUACUGGCGAUGAUGCUUCAACUCAGUGA